GCCGUGUGUUAACAGGUCAUGGGGGCCUGUUUCGGCCGCUGCAUUUCCAAAGUUACAGACUCCUUGUCGUACAGGUUUUACCAAAGACACACCAGUAUGUCCUACCAAGGAGACGAACAAGUUGAGUUUAUGGAUGACAAAGGAGAUGCAGAUCAAUCUAGAGGAUCAAAAACCCUGUUAUCGUUUCUCCCCUUAAACCGGUUCAAGAAAAAACAUGGAGUUCCUGUAACAUUGGAAUUGUUAGAAGAUGGAGCAUGGUCAAAGGGUACUAAUAAAUAUGCCAGAUUAAACUCUAAGAAUAAUGCUUCUACCAGUUCUGGAUUGGAUACUCCACUUCAAAUUCUUGAUGCAAGGACAUUAAUGAAACAACAAGCAUGUGUCUCUUCCACUCCUGGAUCUUCAUUAGAUCUAGAGUGGGAACAUGAAGGGUUGCCUCUGCCAAUUAUGGAUGAUGAAAAAGUUGAAAGUACCGACGGCUCUAUAACGCAAACAUCGGUUAAUAAUAGCCAACCCUCUAGUUUGACAGCAUCUCCUUGGUCUAGGGUGUCUACACCAAAUAGUUUAGAAUGGGAUCCGGUCGAAGCGGAUAUGGUAUGUGUUGAUUUAGAGACUGAACAGCUUUUGACUGAGAUAGAAAGAUUAACACAUAGAGCGUUAAAAGAAACAGGUGAAUGGACUAAUGCUAGUUGAUAAAUAAUGUAUUUACAAUUUAACAGGAUUGUUUGUAUUUUUGUAUUUCAAAG